AUGGAAGUUAUUGUUAUGUUCAUCAAAAAUGCGUCUGAGCUGGGUUUGUUCAAGGGAGUAGAUUUGCCUAACCAGAGCCCGACAGUGACGCAUUUAUGUUAUGCUGAUAACAUAAUAUUCAUGGGUGAAUGGUCGGACAAGAAUGCGGUUAGCUUGUCUAGGUUCUUAAGGGAGAUAUCUCGGUUAGCAGGCAUCAUCAACUGCGGGGUCGGGUCGUUCCCGUUUGUGUAUCUUGGUUUGCCUAAUAGGGCUAACCUGAAGAGGGUUAAGUUCUGGGAACCAGUGGUUAGAAAAUUUCAGAAAAAGCUUUCGUCUUGGAAGGCAAAGACUCUCUCGUUUGCGGGCCGUGUUACUCUCGCAAAGGCCGUGCUUGGAAGCUUACCGUCGUAUUUUCUCGGGGUAUUUAGAGCACCAAAAUCUGUUCUAAACACUCUUAAAGGGUUAAGGAGGUCGUUUAUUUGGGGUAACUGGAAUGACCAAUAA